GACGUAAGUCACCUGAACCGUAUCUGAGCAUCGCGGAUCGAAGCACCUGAAUAAUUCAUCGCCCGGGCGCCGCGGGGCCUGCAAUUUUCCAUCGCUCCCCGCCAACUCAACUCAACUCGCCCAGCCAGUCGGACUACCCCUCAGUGCAGGGCGGUCGCCCGUACGUGUAGAGCGAGCGUUCCUUUCCCAGACUGGCCGUGAAGUGAAACAUGGCGCUGCUUCUUCACCUCAUCUGCGUAGGUCCCUUCCGGGGACGGGGGGACCGAGUCGCUAAAGUCACCUUCCGAGGAGUUUCUCACUACACCAAGAUCCUGGAGGGAGUGGAGGAAGAUGCCUAUUUCGAUGAAACGUUUGAGUGGCCGGUUGCCAGCCCCAUCGAGGGUAACGAGUACUUGGAAGUCCAGGUCUACAACUACAGCAAGGUCUUCAGCAACAGACUCAUCGGCACCUUUCGGAUGGUGCUUCAGAAACUGAUACAAGAAGGACAGCUGUCCAUCACAGAAACACUGCUGGAUGCAAACAACACGGUUAUAAACACUGAAGUAGACCUGGAGCUGAAGUACCAGGCCCCCGAUGGCUCGGUCGGCAACUGGAUGCGAGAGGAAUUCCACUUCCCUCAGGAGGACGACGACACCGUCUCUCUUCUCAGCAGAGACUCGCGAUUCAGCACAAACUCCAAAGGGGUGAAAGGAAUCUUUGGAGGGAAGAAGGGCAGUGUGUCCAAACAUGGCCGAUCCUCACGUGGGGUGGAUUCUGUGUCACAGUACGGCUCACGUAUGAGCCUAGGCUCCACAGAUGAGAUCCACAUCAGAGACGGCGGCGGUGGAGGCUCCCAAGACAACGUGUCGAUGACAAGCGUCAACCAGAACGUCACCAACAAGAAGUCCAAGCCUACUCCCGUGAUCGAGACUGGAUCACAGAAAGCUCAAGACUUCCAGAUAUGUAUAACGAUCAUCGAAGCCCGUCAGCUGGCAGGGCUGAACAUGGACCCUGUGGUGUCUGUACAGAUUGGUGAGGAGAGAAAGUUCACCAGUCAGAAGGAGUCCACCAACUGUCCAUACUACAAUGAGUACUUCGUUUUUGACUUCCACAUGUCCCCCGACAUGUUGUUUGACAAGAUCAUCACCUUGUCCGUGCUACACUCCCGAAACCUCCUGCGCUCUGGAACCAUGGUCGGGUCGUUCAAACUGGACGUGGGCACAGUCUACGAUGCCCCAGAUCACCAGUUUUACCACAAGUGGGCCCUCCUGACAGACCCGGAGGAUGUGACGGGUGGCCCGAAGGGUUACCUGAAGUGUGACAUCGCCGUGGUCGGGAAGGGAGACUCCAUCAAGACUCCGCCCAAGAGCAGUGAGGACGACGAGGAUGACAUCGAGGCAAAUCUGCUGCUCCCCGAGGGCGUCCCGGCAGAGCGACAGAGGGCAAAGUUCAUCAUGAAGAUCUUCCGUGCGGACGGUCUGCCGAAGAUGAGCACCGGUCUGAUGGCCAACGUGAAGAAAGCCUUCACCAGCGAGACCAGGGAUCUCGUGGACCCGUUCGUACAAGUGGAGUUUGCAGGACAAAGGGGUCGCACUUCCGUUAAGAAAGGCAGUUACCAACCGGAGUGGAACGAGCAAAUCGUGUUCUGCGAGAUGUUUCCGCCGCUUUGUCGGCGCUUCAAGAUACAACUGCGUGAUCAUGACAGUGUGAACAACGAAGUGAUUGGGACACAUUUUCUUGAUCUCAACAUGAUUUCUGAUGAUGGUGACAAAGGGUUCUUGCCCACUUUUGGUCCCACCUUCAUCAACCUGUAUGGCAGUACGAGAGACUACUCCCUCAUGGACGAACAUCAGGCGCUGAACGAGGGAGUUGGCGAGGGUGUUGCGUUCCGCGCGAGGCUGCUGAUCCAACUGAAGUGUGAAAUGUGUACGGACGAAACCGAAGGAGUUUCGAACGAAGUGCAAGUGGAAUCCUGCUCUGCCCUUUCUGACACUGCUGCUGGCCGUGUCGAUGAGUUCUUCCUGUUCGGCUCAUUCUUGGAGGCAACCAUGAUCGACAGGAAGAUCGGCGACAAGCCCAUCACAUUCGAGCUUAGCAUCGGAAACUACGGAAACAACGUUGAUGGCCAAAACGCCAGCACAGCUCCGAAGGGAGGGGACGGAGGGGACAGCUCUGAGGAGGAGGAUGAGGAGGAUGGGAGUUCCGCUAACUCCGUCACUCCUGCCAUCAAACCCGUCACCAAUGACAGAUUCUUAAGUACCAUCCAGUUACGAAGGCUAGACCGAUACUACUACCACAUGCCGUACUAUGAGGAGAAACCUUGUGUCUACAUCAAGUCUCGCUGGGAAGAUCACCGGCGCAGACUCUACAACCAGAACAUGCUGGUCAAAGUCAUUGAGAAAGGGGAGGAAGGCAUGAACGACGUGCAGGAAAUGAUCACCAUGGAGCGGCCACACCCCGAGCGCCGGCUGAGAGGGGUGCUGGAAGAGCUGUCUGUCGGCUGCAACCGAUUCUGUAGCCUGUUGCAGAAGGCCAGUGGAAAAGACGGGAACAGUGCUGGUAGGACCAAACUGGACAAAGAACGGGCACGCACGCUGCUCAGGGAAGUGGAAAUUAUUGGAAAGGAAGCCAAGAAGAUGAAGGCCACUGUGCGGGCUUCCACAUACAAGGAGAAACUCAAACAGACCGCAUCGUUUGUCAACAAGCUCAAAGUGCUCAACAUUGAGCCCCAGGACAGCCUUCCCGACAUCUUCAUCUGGAUGCUGAGUAACAACAAGCGCAUCGCCUACACUCGCUUCCCCUCCCGAGACAUCCUCUACUCCAUCGUGGCAGAGGAGACCGGAGUCAACUGUGGCAAGGUGCAGACCCUCUUCCUCAAGCUGCCAGGGAAGCGCGGGACGGGCCCCAGUGGGUGGACCAUCCAGGCCAAGCUGCAGCUCUACCUCUGGCUGGGCCUCAACAAGCACAAGAAGGACUUCCUGGGUGGCCUGCCGAAGGGCUACGAGCAGACCAAGGCUAUUCAAAGUGCUGGUCGCCUGCAGUCUGUGCCUCCUGUCACUCUCAAAUAUGAAGAACGUCAGACGUUCCAGCUACGGGCCCACAUGUACCAGGCGCGCAGCCUGGUGGCCUCCGACGCGUCCGGCCUCUCGGAUCCGUUCGCUCGCGUCGUGUUCUCGACCCGGAGCAUGAAGACGGAGGUCAUCUCGGAGACGCUGGCGCCGACCUGGGACCAGCUGCUGGUUUUCGACGACCUGACGCUGUUCGGCAACCCCAAGUCCAUGGCCGAGGAGCCGCCUACCAUCGUGGUGGAAAUCUUCGACCAGGACACCGUGGGAAAAUCAGAGUUCAUAGGACGGGCGCUGGCCAAGCCGACCAUCAAAAUGGCGAACGAGCGGUACACCCUGCCGAAGUUCCCUCCCACCCUGGACUGGUACCCGAUCUUCCGGGGGCAGGAGCAGGCGGGAGAGCUGCUGGCAGCGUUCGAACUGAUACAGAUGCCGAUACACGAGGAAGAGAUCCUUCAGGCUCUGUACGAACAAUGGGACGACAAGUCAAAGGCUGAGUUCCCUAGGGGAGCCAAGCUGCCCCCAGUGACCCAACCGCUGGAGUCGGACCGCGGCCCCAUCGUCCCUGUGCCCCGCGGCAUCAGGCCUGUGGUCAGCAAGCACAGGAUAGAGAUCCUGUUCUGGGGCGUGCGUGAGCUGAAGCGCGUGCAGCUGACCAGUGUUGACCGCCCGCGGGUGGACAUCGAGUGCGCCGGGCAGAUCAUACAGUCCACCGUCAUCGCAAAUGCCAAGAAGAACCCCAACUUCAGCAUCCCUGUCAAGUUCUUCGACGUGGACCUGCCUGAGAACGAGCUGUUCAUGCCGCCGCUGACCAUCCGCUGUGUGGACUGCCGCAACUUUGGCCGCUUCACCCUUGUCGGGACCCACGUGGUCAACUCCCUGCACAAGUUCAUGUACAAGCCCACACCGGAGACUCCCGAGGGCAGCAUUGCCAAUGGCACGCUGCCCAUAGACGACGGCCGGUCCUUCCACGGGUCCAUCCACGGCGGGGACACCCGCUCGGUCCGGUCCGUGCGCGCGGACGACGUGGCCGUCAAGAUCGACACCAUGUCCCACGUCUCUCACUCCUCCCAACACAAGGAAGAAACGGUCAUUAAGAUUGACCCCGUGAGUACACACAUGAAUGGUGAGGCGAAGACAGAGGUUUACAAAGAUCUCUCCAUGAACGCUAGCCAGCUUGCCCCAGAGUCCCAGGAGGGUGACAACAAGGAGAAGGAGGGAGAGGGAGGAGGAGAAGAAGGAGGAGAGAAGAAGAAGAAGAAGAAGGGGGCUAAGGAGGAGGAGGAGCCUGAGGAGGAGACAGAUGAGAGUACGCUGGACUGGUGGUCCAAGUACUUCGCAUCGCUGGAGACUCUCCGAGAGUGGCAGGAACAACAGGAGGCCAUUGAGAAGAAGGAAGAACAAGAAGCAGAGAAAGAAGACAGCCAGACUGACGGCAAAGUCAUCGACAAAGGUGAGGGAGAGGGAGAGAAGGACAAGAAGAAGAAGAAGAAGGAUAAGAAAAAGGACAAGAAGAAGGACAAAGACAAGGACAAAGACAAGGACGGUGACAACAAGGCCGGGGAGGAGGGAAAAUCCAAACUCGCUAAACUGAGCCCAAAGACGUCCCGCAAAAAGGAUAAGAACUCUGGGGUCACCGAGCUUAAGCGGAACAUCUAUGAGGGUAUAGAGCAGCUGAAGAUCUACCCCUGUCCUCUGGAAGACGUGGAUGACUUUAACGGGUUCCACGAGUGGCUGCACACCUUCGAGCUGCUGCGAGGGAAGAAAGAGGAGGGCGACGACGACUCCCGCAUCGUCGGCAAGUUUAAGGGCUGCCUGCAAGUGUACAAGUCUAAGGAGGGAGACGAUGGCACCGGCAGUGUUAUUGGUGGGGGCGAGAUGGUCAACCCGACCGGCAUGUUUGCCCACAUCCCCAACAAUGACCCUGUCGGGGUGCUUGUCAGAGUCUACAUCGUCAAGGCAACAGACUUACACCCUCAAGAUGCGAAUGGAAAGGCUGACCCAUACCUCAAGUUAAACCUGGGCAAGCACCAGGUGAAUGACAAGGAGAACUACGUGUCCAAACAACUCAACCCUGUCUUUGGCAAGUCAUUUGACUUUGAGGCGACCUUCCCCAUGGAGUCGAUGCUGUGUGUCCAGAUCUUCGACUGGGAUCUGGUCGGGAUCGACGACCUGAUCGGGGAGACCAAGAUCGACCUGGAGAACCGCUACUACAGCCGCCACCGCGCCACCUGCGGAGUCUCAAGCUUCUAUGCCAUCCAUGGCUACAACCAGUGGCGCGACCCCCAGAAGCCUACAGAGAUCCUGAAGAAGCUGUGUAAGGACGGGAAGGUGGACGGACCGCACUUCAGCCCCGGGAAGGUCCGCGUCGGGGGGCGCGUCUUCGAGGGAGCUAAGGAAGUGGAGGACGAGAAUGGUGGGAAGAGGCCCUCUGACGAACCGUCUGCCCUGGUGGCGCUGAACCAGUGGCACGAGAUCGCUAAAGCCGGCUGCCCGCUGGUCCCUGAACACGUGGAGACCAGACCUCUGUACAACCCUGAAAAGCCGGGCAUAGAGCAGGGCAAGAUCGAGAUGUGGGUGGACAUGUUCCCCAUGGACAUGCCCCCGCCUGGACCCCCCACUGACAUCUCCCCUCGCAAGCCCAAGAGCUACGAGCUGCGAGUGAUCAUCUGGAACACUGACGAUGUGGUGGCUGAGGACGACGAUUUCUUCACCGGGGAGAAAAUGUCCGACAUCUACGUCAAGGGCUGGGUCAAGGGCAACACUGAAGACAAACAGGAGACUGACAUUCACUACCGAUCACUGACUGGGGAAGGAAACUUCAACUGGCGUUUCAUCUUCCCGUUUGACUACCUGGCCGCAGAGGAGAAGAUCGUGAUCUCCAGGAAGGAGUCCCUCUUCUCCUGGGACGAGACCGAGUACAAGAUCCCGGCUCGUCUUAACCUGCAGGUCUGGGACGCCGACCACUUCUCUGCCGAUGAUUUCCUGGGAUCCCUUGUGAUGGAUCUGAAUCAUUUCCCGCGAGGAGCGAAGACAUCCAAGCAGUGCACCCUGGACAUGCUGAAGACCGACGGCUCCGUGCCGCAGGUCAACCUGUUCAAGCAGAAGCGUGUCAAGGGGUGGUGGCCAUUCGCUGCCAAGGGUGAAGAUGAUGAACUCGAGCUCACUGGCAAAGUAGAAGCUGAACUCAACCUCAUGUCUGCAGAAGAGGCUGAGAAGAGCCCUGCUGGACUGGGCCGAAAUGAACCAGAUCCUCUGGAGAAACCCAAACGCCCCGACUCCUCGUUCAUGUGGUUCUUGAACCCUCUGAAAUCUCUGCGGUACAUCCUCUGGAAGAAUUACAAGUGGAUCAUAAUCAAAAUCGUGUGCGUGCUGCUCUUGGCGGCCUUUAUCGGCGUGCUCCUCUACUCCAUGCCCGGCUACAUUGUCAAGAAGAUACUCGGGGCCUAAACCGGUCGCACAGCA